GCCGGCGGCGGGAGGAGGCGGGGGCCGGCGGCCCGGCCCGGCCCGGCCCGCCAUGAGCAGAGCGCAGCUGACGCGGACGGGGAUCCUGCGGAUGGCGCUGGGCGGCGGCGGCGCCGACCCGCUGCUGCCGGCCGAGGGCGGCGGGGACCGGCGGGCGCCCUUCCUGCUGCGGGCGCUGCGCAUCGCCGUGGUGGUGUGCCUCUACUGGUUCACCUCCAUCGCCAUGGUCUUCCUCAACAAGUACCUGCUGGACAGCCCCUCGCUGCGCCUCGACGCCCCUCUCUUCGUCACCUUCUUCCAGUGCGCCCUGACGGCCGCCCUCUGCCUGGGCCUCAGCCUGGGGGCGGCCUGCGGGUCCCCCUGCGCCGGCCUGCCCGCCCUGCGCCUCGACCCCAAGGUGUCCCGCAGCGUCCUGCCCCUCUCCGCCGUCUUCAUCGGCAUGGUCACCUCCAACAACCUCUGCCUCAAGCAUGUCGGCGUGGCCUUCUACAACGUGGGGCGCUCCCUCACCACCGUGUUCAACGUGCUGCUCUCCUACCUCCUCCUCAAGCAGACCACCUCUCUCUAUGCCCUUCUGGCCUGCGGAGUCAUCAUAGGUGGCUUCUGGCUGGGUGUUGACCAGGAAGGAGCAGAGGGCACUCUGUCAUGGACAGGUAUAUUUUUUGGGAUCUUAGCAAGCCUUUGUGUCUCUCUCAAUGCCAUCUACACCAAGAAGGUGCUGCCUGUUGUGGAUGGUAGCAUCUGGCGCCUGACCUUCUACAACAACAUCAACGCUUGUGUCCUGUUCUUCCCCCUCAUGGUGCUGCUGGGCGAGUUCCGCACCCUCUACCACUUUGACAAGCUGGGGAGCCCGAGCUUUUGGGGCAUGAUGACCCUGGGGGGAGUGUUUGGCUUUGCCAUUGGGUACGUGACUGGACUUCAGAUUAAGUUCACUAGCCCACUCACCCACAACGUGUCUGGGACGGCCAAGGCCUGUGCACAAACAGUGCUGGCCGUUAUCUACUUCGAGGAGACAAAGAGCUUCUUGUGGUGGACGAGUAACUUGAUGGUUCUGGGGGGCUCCUUCGCCUACACGUGGGUGAAAGGACUGGAGAUGAGAAAGGUGCAAGAGGAUCCUAAUGUCAAAAGCGGCGAAAGAAAUGAGACUGGUGUGUAGGUGGCUCCUGCACCUCGAUUUUUGGGCCUGGAGGGGAUAGCCUUUGGUGCUCCUUUCCUCCUGGGGAGAAGAAGAGCAAGGAGCAGGAAAAAAUGCACCUGCAAAGUGUAUGGGGAACUGUGUCAGGAACCAGAGCCAAAGACCUGACUGGAUCAUGUUUUAUCUCACCCCGUGUCAGAGUUGGGAGGAGCAUGUGUUGUAGAGAUCAACUGGGGGGUUUUUGUGAUUGUUUUUUAAAAUGGAUGUUGUUAUUUACCUAA